AUCGAGGUCCGCUGGAGACUCGGAGAGCGCUGGGCGGACACUCCCCAGGCUCCUACCCGGCGGCGGCGGCGGCGGCGGCGGCUCCGAGCGGGCUCCGUGACCGGAGCGCGGCGCCCAGGACGCCGGGCUGCGUGGAUUACCCCGGGAAGUGGUUGGCUCCCUGGCUGCAGUCGCGGAGAGGGGCGCUUCCCGCAGUGGGUCGGAGCGCCGGGUCUGCGUCUGCGGAGUUUUAGAACACAGGCUCGGGCUGCUGGCCUGCGGGGAACAGCUGGCACCGGCACGCGGGCCGCGUCGCGCUCACCAUGGUCAGCUGCUGGGACACCCGGGUCCUGCUGUGCGCGCUUCUCGGCUGUCUGCUUCUCACAGGAUCUAGUUCAGGUUCAAAAUUAAAAGGUCCUGAACUGAGUUUAAAAGGCACCCAGCACGUCAUGCAAGCAGGGCAGACACUGUAUCUCAAAUGCAGGGGGGAUGCAGCCCAUUCCUGGUCUUUGCCUGAAAGGGUGAGUAGGGAGAGCAAAAGACUGAGCAUAACUAAAUCUGCCUGUGGAAGGAAUGGCAAACAGUUCUGCAGUACUUUGACCUUGAACACAGCUCAGGCAAACCACACUGGCUUCUAUAGCUGCAAAUAUCUAUCUAUACCUGCCUCAAAGAAGAAGAAAACAGAAUCUACAAUCUAUAUAUUUAUUAAUGAUACAGAUAAACCUUUCGUAGAGCUGCACAGUGAAAUUCCCGAAAUUAUAUAUAUGACUGAAGGAAGGGAGCUCGUGAUCCCCUGCCGAGUCACAUCACCUAACAUCACUGUUUCUUUAAUAAAGUUUCCACUGGAGACCCUGAUUCCUGAUGGCAAAAGAAUAACCUGGGACAGUAGGAAGGGAUUUAUCAUAUCAGAAGCCACCUAUAAAGAAAUAGGGCUUCUGACCUGUGAAACAACGGUCAACGGACAUGUGUAUAAGACAAACUAUCUCACACAUCGACAAACCAAUACCAUCAUAGAUGUGCAAAUAAGCACACCAACCCCAGUGAAGCUACUCAGAGGUCAGCAGCUCGCCCUCAACUGUACAGCCACCACUCCCCUGAACACGAGAGUGCGGAUGACCUGGAGUUACCCUGGAGAGACAAGUAACAGAGCAUAUACAAGGCAACGAAUUGACCAACGCAAUUCCAACACCAACCUAUUCCACAGUGUGCUUAUUAUUGACCAAGUCCAGAACAGAGACAAGGGGCUUUACACUUGUCAUGUGAAGAGCGGCCCCUCAUUCAAAUCUGUGAACACUUCAGUGCAUGUAUAUGAUAAAGCAUUCAUCACUGUGAAGCAUCGAAAAGAACCGGUGCUUGAAACUGUAGCGGGCAAGAAGUCUUACCGGCUAUCUAUGAAAGUGAAGGCAUUUCCCUCGCCUGAAGUUGUGUGGUUAAAAGAUGGGGUACCGACAACUGAAAAAUCUCCUCGUUAUUUGGUUCAUGGCUAUUCAUUAAUUAUCAAAGAUGUAACUGCAGAAGAUGCAGGGGAUUAUACAAUUCUGCUGGGCAUAACACAAGCCAAUGUGUUUAAAAACCUCACUGCCACUUUAAUUGUAAAUGUGAAACCCCAGAUUUACGAAAAGGCCGUGUCAUCAUUUCCAGACCCGACUCUCUACCCACUGGGCAGCAGACAAAUCCUCACAUGCACCAUUUAUGGUAUCCCUCAGCCUACAAUCAAGUGGUUCUGGUAUCCCUGUAACCAUAGUCAUUCCAAAGCAAGGUUUGACAUUUGUUCCAGUAGUGAAGAGUCCUUCAUGCUGGCUCCUAACAGCAACAUUGGAAACAGAAUUGAGAGCAUCACUCAGCGCAUGGCCAUAAUAAAAGGAAAAAAUAAGACGGCAAGCACCUUGGUUGUGGCAGAUUCUAGAACUUCUGGCAUCUACAGUUGCAUGGCCUCCAAUAAAGUAGGAACUGUGGAGAGAAACAUAAGAUUUUAUAUCACAGAUGUGCCAAAUGGAUUUUAUGUUAACUUGGAAAAAAUGCCCACGGAACGAGAGGACCUGAAACUGUCUUGCACAGUUAACAAGUUUUUAUACAGAGACAUUACCUGGAUUUUGCUGCGAAAAGUCAGCAACCGAACAAUACACCACAGUAUUAGCAAGCAAAAAAUGGCUGUCACUAAAGAAUACUCCAUUACUCUCAAUCUUGUCAUCAAGAAUGUUACUCUGGAAGACUCAGGCAUCUAUGCCUGCAGAGCCAGGAACAUAUUCACAGGGGAAGAAAUCCUUCAGAAGAAAGAAGUUACAAUUAGAGAUCAGGAAGCCCCCUACCUCCUGCGGAACCUGAGCGAUCACUCAGUGUCUAUCAGCAGCUCCACCACCUUACACUGUCAGGCUGACGGGGUGCCUGAGCCUCAGAUAACCUGGUUUAAAAACAACCACAAAAUACAAGAAGAGCCUGGAAUUAUUUUAGGACCAGGAAGCAGCACGCUGUUUAUUGAAAGGGUCACAGAAGAGGAUGAGGGCAUCUAUCACUGCAAAGCCACCAACCAGAAGGGGUCCGUGGAGAGUUCGGCGUACCUCACCGUUCAAGGAACUUCAGACAAAUCUAACCUGGAACUGAUUACUCUGACGUGUACCUGCGUGGCAGCCACCCUCUUCUGGCUCCUGCUGACUCUCUUUAUCCGAAAACUGAAAAGGUCUUCUUCUGAGAUAAAGACGGACUACCUGUCAAUUAUAAUGGACCCCGAUGAGGUUCCCCUGGACGAGCAGUGUGAGCGUCUCCCUUAUGAUGCCAGCAAGUGGGAGUUUGCCCGGGAGCGGCUGAAACUGGGUAAAUCGCUUGGAAGAGGGGCUUUUGGAAAAGUGGUUCAAGCGUCUGCUUUUGGCAUUAAGAAAUCACCCACCUGCCGGACUGUGGCUGUAAAAAUGCUGAAAGAGGGGGCCACGGCCAGUGAGUACAAAGCUCUGAUGACUGAGCUCAAGAUCUUGACCCACAUCGGCCACCACCUGAAUGUGGUUAACCUGCUAGGAGCCUGCACCAAACAAGGAGGGCCUCUGAUGGUGAUCGUUGAAUAUUGCAAAUAUGGAAAUCUGUCCAACUAUCUCAAGAGCAAACGAGACUUGUUCUUCCUCAACAAGGAUGCAGCGUUACACCCAGAGCCCAAGAAAGAAGAAAUGGAGCCAGACGUGGAGCAAGACAAGAAGGAACGAUUAGAUAGUGUCACCAGCAGUGAGAGCUUUGCAAGUUCUGGCUUCCAGGAAGAUAAAAGUCUGAGUGAUGUUGAGGAAGAGGAGGAUUCUGACGAUUUCUACAAGCAGCCCAUCACUAUGGAAGAUCUUAUUUCUUACAGUUUUCAAGUGGCCAGAGGCAUGGAGUUUUUGUCUUCUAGAAAGUGCAUCCAUCGGGACCUGGCGGCACGAAAUAUUCUUUUAUCUGAAAACAACGUGGUGAAGAUUUGUGAUUUUGGCCUUGCCCGAGAUAUUUAUAAGAAUCCCGAUUAUGUGAGAAAAGGAGACACAAGACUUCCUCUCAAAUGGAUGGCUCCUGAAUCCAUCUUUGACAAGAUCUACAGCACCAAGAGCGACGUGUGGUCUUACGGAGUGCUUCUAUGGGAGAUCUUCUCCUUGGGGGGUUCUCCAUACCCAGGUGUGCAAAUGGAUGAGGACUUCUGCAGCCGCCUGAAGGAAGGCAUGAGGAUGAGGGCCCCCGAGUACGCCACCCCGGAAAUCUAUCAGAUCAUGUUGGACUGUUGGCACAAAGACCCAAAAGAAAGGCCACGAUUUGCAGAACUGGUGGAAAAACUCGGUGAUUUGCUUCAAGCAAAUGUACAGCAGGAUGGCAAGGACUAUAUCCCGCUGAAUGCCAUACUGACAGGAAGCAGUGGCUUUACAUACUCAGCUCCUGCCUUCUCUGAUGACUUCUUCAAGGAAGAUAUUUCAGCUGCAAAGUUUAAUUCAGGAAGUUCUGAUGAUGUCAGAUACGUAAAUGCAUUCAAUUUCAUGAGCCUGGAAAGAAUCAAAACCUUUGAAGAACUUUCACCAAAUACCAUGCUUGAUGAUUACCAGGUGGACAGCAGCACUCUGCUGGCCUCCCCGCUGCUGAAACGCUUCACCUGGACGGAGAGCAAACCCAAAGCCUCGCUCAAGAUUGACUUGAGAGUAACCAGUAAGAGCAAGGAGUCUGGGCUUUCUGAGCUCGCCAGGCCUACUUUCUGCCAUCCCAGCUGUGGGCACAUCAAAGGCCAGCGCAGAUUUACAUACGACAACUCGGAGCUGGAAAAGAAGAUUUCCUGCUGUUCUCCUCCCCCUGACUACAACUCGGUGGUCUUAUAUUCCACCCCACCUGUCUGAAGCUUGACAGUAUUAUUUUUAGAACCACAUGUGUAUUUAUACCCCCAGAAAACUAGCUUUUACCAGUAUUAUACAUAUAUAAAUUUACACUUUUAUCUUUUCACAGCAGUAUUUUUCCUUUUGACUAACAAGAAUGUAACCCCAGAUAGUUUAAGUGAAGAAAACUACUGCUAAAACCUUACAUUACUCAGUGUGUUUAGAGAAACCCCCUCUCAGCCCAGUGACUCCCCUGCAGUGCUCCUUCUACCCCCCCAUCCCACCCCAACACCUCAGGGCGGUAGGGCUUUGGCGGUUCAGGAGCUGCACUAGUGACCAGACAGCCCCGUUGGGCCAGCCGCUGGCGCCCCACAACCAGGAGCCCGACUAAGCAAUGUUGCUAGGGUCCACUAGUGGACUAAGACAGGCAAGGAGGAGAAGGGAGAAGGCAUGAGAAGAAUUUAAACUAUGCAUAUGGGUAGAGAGGAGAAGGUGGCAACCAACCAUGUCAGUGGCUUGGGAACCUAGCUGGGGAGCAGACAGGACAGAGGGAUGAGGCCGUAUUUUCUGGAUUCUUGGGUGGCAGGACAGAAAUUUUUGGAACUACAAGAGAAACUAUAAAAUUUUGUUAUGGGAUUGUUCUACUCCCAUUUCCAUUUUUAUUUUUUUCUUUUUAACAUUGAGGGUGAUGCUCAAAUCUGAGCCUGUACUGAGGGCUUCUCUAGCAAGAUACACUGGAAACCGAGCCUCGCGUGAGCCCUCGGGCACGGCACCUCGCACUGUGCUUAUCGCUCGUAGUAAGCAAACUGGAACAAGUUCAGUCUGUUAGGGGUAUCUGUUGGGCUUAAGACCACUUUCAAAAACAAUAUCCAAUCCUGUUUUGAAUAUUAAUGUGUAGUUAAGACACAAUUCAAUUUCUGGUAUCAUAGUUAACUAUAACAAGAAGCUAAGGAGGAUUCCUUGUGUAGGGGUUAAUUAUUUUAUUUGUGUGUGUGUGUGUGUGAGUAUAUUACCAAAGUAGAAUAGAUGGAAUAAAGAAAUAGCAGAGUGAAACACCCUCUCUCUAUACCAAACGAACUCACUGAAACUGUUGGAAUUUAACAAAGGAUGGGAAGCCAACUGUGUCUCCUCUUUAUGUAACAAGAAUUCUGUCUCAUGCUAGUCUCCUGGACGGGUGUGGAAGAGCAUUAACCAAUGUUUAUUAAGCACUUUAUAUAUGCCUUGCAAAAAAAAGAGGUGGUAUGUAACUUAUACAAAGGUAUUUCUAGAAUUGGAACUCAGGAUAUUAUUGAACCAUCAUUCAAAGUCUCUUUUCAUGUUUUGGACCCUGCCUUGGGUCUGAGGAAGGUGGAAAGAGGGAGACAGGGUACAAAAGGGUGCCUAUGCUUCAGGGCUUAAGGGUCAAUAGACCCUGAAUUUCUCAACUGGCGGAGGCCACAUACUGAGGAAGGUUGUACCUUCUGAAGCCAGUCAAAGCUGGACAGGCAAUGGUGAAUUGCUACUUAAGGUAGAAGAAGAGCAUACUUCCCUUUAUGCAUAUAACAUGAUUCCAAUACCUGAAAUAUAAGAGAAGGAUUUCUGCUUCCUUUCCUUUGUGUUACAUUCUUAAAGUUCUUUGUAUGAAGAGAUGGAAAGUCAGCACAUCCCAAGUGAGACAGAGUGUGCUGGGCUGAGUGUUCUGUGUGAGUCCAGCCUCCUACAAGAGCCAAGUUCAGACAAAAUGAGGAAGGACAAAGCCAGGAGGGGAAAUCAAAGCUUUGUUCUCUCUUUUCUUUCUAUGCAUACAAACUACCUAUGACUUAACAGCAGUGUUAUAGAUAACCAGAAGGAAGUUCAAAGGAAGGAAAAUAAGGACCUCAAUCAAUUCUGGUUUUCAAAUCAGAUAAGGAUCCAGCAACUAGUGGCAACAAAGAAAACCCUUAGCUAUACAUAGUAAUGUCCUGAUUCUUGAUUUCAAUGAUCUACUUCUUAUUAAGAGAACUUACUCGCACCAUUUUUUCCAAAAGAAAAAAAAAAAACUAUUAAUUCUGCUUCUUUGAAGACUCAGGUUUGUGGCUCCAUAAGUCUAUCAGUCAAAAUAUGAUGGCAGAAUUAACACAGAAAAGUGGAAGCUUGCAAGUGAUGACUGUAUCUAGUUGCAAAGUGCUUGCCAUAGACUGGCUCAUUCAAAUAGCACUGAGCUUCAGACACUGAUUAAUUAAUGGUAUUAUUUGAACCGUUUGUCAUUUAUGAUAGCAAUGGCUGGCAUGAACAAUUACAGAACAAGCACUUCUUUUCAGGAUUUUGAAGAUUGUGUGUAACAGCAGGAUGCAACAGCACUAAAGCCAAAUGCAAGUCCAUAUCUAGUUAGCCUUAUCUAGUCAGCAUAAUAAAUGAUGCUCAGGCCUUAAGUGUUAUGCCACGGAACAAUUAUAUCCAAAUUCUGGAAAAUCUUUGGCCUUCUAGGUAUGCUUUACUUCAUAGCACGUAACACUGUCAAACAUGAGAUACUUUGCUAGAGUAUUGGUUAAAGGAAGAGUGUGUCUUUGACUGAAAGCAGUAGCAACUCUAUGUACAUAUAUGUAUGUGUGUGUGUUGUCUUUAACUAUUUAAGGAAACUGGAAUUUUAAAAUUACUUUUAUACAAACCAAGAAUAUAUGCUGCAGAUAUAAGACAUAAGUUGGUCCUAUAGCUCUAGUCACUAUGAAUGUAUUUUGUAUACUAUCUUCAUAUAAUAAAAUUA